CCCACUCAAAACGAGCUUUGACUUCCACUGUGCUCAGCAAUGGUGGUUGUGACAUCCACGCGCACUCUCUACCCCUGCACAUCCCUCUGCAAACCCAUCUCGCCUUCCCUCCUCUACCUCCGCCAAAUCUGCGGGAACCCGAGAAGAGCGAACGGGACCAGAGCGAUUGGCCCUCGUGGGGUCUGGCCGAUUAAGUCUUACAUGGAGAACCGGGACUCCAUAUCCGGUUUCGCCAACAAGGUCAUCGGUUCUUUGCCCGUCGUUGGGCUCGUAGCGCGGAUUUUCAGCGACGAAGGGGGAGUCGGUGGGGACAUCAUCGAUUUCGCAGAGUUCAGGAGGCGGGUCGGGAAGAAGUCCAGCAUUGUUGAUUCCCGAGCUUUCUACGAGUUUCAAGAUCGUCGCGGCCGGGCAGGGGAUCCCCUGUAUGUUCUGCUUUGCUGUUGGUUAGCAGCUGUCGGAGCUGGUCUUCUCAAAUCGGAGGAUAUUUUGGGAGGCGUGGCCAGGCUGCGGCUUUCAAACGAUAUCGAAUUCGAAGAACAGAACUUCAUCGCCUUGAUGAACGAGGCGAGAGAGAGAAGAGCAAAGCUAAACACGUCAACCCCAAGCAUCCCCAUGGAGAUUCGCAUGGAGAAGGCGCUGGAGGCCAUUUAUGUCUGUUGCUUUGGUAAGGAUCUAAUUGAGAAGGAAGAUGAGCGACUUCUGCAAACCAUGCUCGGCGUUGUCUUCCCGUCGGUCAAGCAGUCUCAGAUACAAAUGAUGAUCAGCGACUUGGCUAAAAAGGUUGCCGAAGGAGGCAAUGAAGUUACGUUUCUGGAGGCGAAGCCCUUACCUAAAGAGGCUGCAGAGCUCCAAAUGAAGGACCUCCAAUUUCUCAGACAGAACAGCGAGACUUGAGAUUGCAAGGUGCAGCUGAGGAGAGAUGGAGAGGAUUGUAAUUUUGGAGUCUUUGAUGUGUCGUAAUUGGCAACUACGCACCGUUCACGGGAAGAAACCGGCGACGCUUAUCUGUUCAAUGUUCACUCAUCCUGCCAAUGCAUUGGAGAGCAAAAUCUUGCAGAGUUUGUUCCAUGCCGCCUUUUCUUCCCUGUUGCUCUUGAGUGCUUGUAAUUGUAAUUUGAUCGAAGUUAAAGGAGAACUAAGGGCGAGGCACCACCCUUCAUGUGACUGAUUAA